GUUAUGUGAAAGAAUCGUCUGGCUAAUCUGUGAGUACAUCUGGCAAGUGAAAAAUUUAUAGAUACAAAAAUUUUCAGCCAGACUCUCUUUUCACUAUCUGAGAUAAGCCAGACUGCUAUUUUCAUAUUCUUUAUGUUCUAUUUUAGUAAAUGUGAAAUAUUUAUGACUGGGAAAAGAAGUGUACUUAACUUGUAUUUUUCAUUUAUAUUGUGAACUCAUCCGUUGUUUUAUUGUCACCAAGAAAAGACAACAAACUAUUCAAUAUACAUCAACUAGGGAAAUCAACCCCCCGAUUCUCAACUUCUAGUCGCAACCUAUCAACCCCGACUUUCCAUUGCCUUUCUACAAGGAGUCGGGAGUCGGGACGUUACGUAGGUAUCGACUAAACGAUUGAGAAUCCCACUGCAGAAUAGCCAUUUUGCUGAAGUAUUUCUAUUUUGCACCAAAAAACUCUAUAGUAGUAAUUGUUAUGAAACUUCUAUUAAAUUAUCUAAAAUCGAGUCUAAAGUAAUCAAUCAUAUCAAAAAUACAAUUCACAAUUAAGUGAUAGGGCCAGAGACUAAACAUUGCCCAAAUCUAUUCUAGAAAACUCUAGAAAGAGAAAUCCGGUCGUGCCAGGGCUUGAUUAUAUGGACGGAUUGCGAUAGAGAAGGCGAAAACAUUGGCUUCGAAAUUAUUAAGGUUUGCACCGAUAUCAAGCCCCAAUUGAGAGUGUAUAGGGCUAAGUUUUCUGAAAUCACUGCCGCUUCAGUUUUUAGGGCCUUGAACACUUUGGGGCAAGCCAAUAAGAAUGUAAGUGAUGCUGUGGAUGUACGACAAGAAUUGGAUUUGAGAACUGGUACUGUUUUGUGUGUGUUUUAUGCUAAAUAAAAAUAGUGAGUUUUAGGAGCCGCUUUCACUAGACUGCAAACUUUGAGAUAUCAGCAAGUAUUUCCUGCAAAAUUAGCCAACAAAUUGAUUAGUUACGGUUCGUGCCAGUUUCCUACUUUGGGGUUUGUUGUAGAAAGGUAUCAGGCCAUCGAGGAUUUUAUUGCGGAGCCGUUUUGGAAAAUAAAAAUGAAUCACACUCUAAAGUUAACGACAGAAUUUUUGUGGAAACGAGAAAGACUGUUUGAUAAGAACUCCUGCGAGGCGAUUUUAGAUCACCUGAAAGAAAACCCCCUAGCGACAAUAGAAAGCGUGGAAAGCAAGGCCAAAAGCAAAUGGAGGCCCUUGCCCCUGGACACAGUGGAAAUGGAAAAAACAAUAUCCAAAAAACUUAGAAUCAACGCCAAAGAUACAAUGAAAAUAGCGGAAAAACUAUACACUCAAGGAUAUAUCAGUUAUCCACGUACCGAAACCAACAUCUUUCCCAAAGAGUUAAACCUGACCAGCUUAGUAGAACAACAACAAAACGACAACCAAUGGGGCCCCUUUGCGCGUAGAAUUAUGACAGAAGGAGGUCCCACACCAAGACAGGGUCGCAAAUCUGAUCAGGCCCAUCCUCCCAUUCAUCCUACUAAAUACGCCGAUAAUUUACAGGGCAAUGAAAAAAGGGUUUACGAGUACGUGGUGAGGCACUUCUUGGCCUGCGUUCACAAAGACGCUCAGGGCUUUGAAACUGUCGUGCACGCUGAUAUUUCAGGGGAAAAAUUCACUGCCAAGGGACUGAUCAUUUUGGAGAAAAAUUAUUUGGAUGUGUAUGUUUAUGAGCAUUGGAACGGCAAGGAGAUUAAUAAUUAUGAGAGAGGAGAUACAUUUAAUCCGACAACUUUGGAAAUGGUAGAAAGCCAAACUGGGCCUCCUAAAUUGCUCACUGAAGCCGACUUAAUAGCCCUAAUGGAAAAACACGGAAUCGGAACCGAUGCCACUCAUGCUGACCACAUUGACACUAUCAAAUCCAGAGAGUAUGUGGGUCUGCACGAUAUUUACUUUGUGCCGGGCAACUUGGGCAUGGGUCUAGUAGAAGGGUACAACAAUAUAGGGCUGGAAAUAUCUCUUGCGAAGCCCACUCUCAGGGCCGACUUUGAAAAUGACCUGAAGCUGAUUUGUGAGGGACACAAAGAUGCGGAGGUGGUGAGGCGCGAACAAAUUGCCAGAUAUAAAGCCAUGUUUCAGACAGUUGCUGAAAAAAUGAGGCUCAUUGACGCGACUCUGGCAAAUAGGCUGGACGAUAGACCAGAAAAUGUGCCAGAUGAACCAAAUGUCUCUGUAGGUGGAGAUGAUUUCAGGCCUGCGCUGAAAUGCCCCAGGUGCGGCAACGAUAUGAUCAUAAAAACGAAAAAGGAUGGAGUUGGCAAAUACUUGACGUGUCUUGGAUAUCCGGACUGCAAAAACACUAGUUGGUUUCCCAAUUUUGUCAAAAACGUUGAAGUGACCGACCAACAUUGUCAAGAGUGCGGACCCGAUUGCAAACUGCUAAAAUUCACAUUUCGACCCAAUCCGUUUCUUGGGGAGCCUAACCCCAAUGUCCUGUGCGUUGGAGGUUGCGACGAAAACGUCAACGAGACUUUGGAUGUUAACUUGGGUAAUAGGAGAGCUAAUAAUGAGGUAGCACCAACGAGAAACGUUGCUUCACAAAGAGCACCUCAAACUCAAACACCAAGGGCGGUGCAAGCUACUACACCACGAGUAAUUGCUGCACCUCCUCAAGCUAAUAAUCAAAAUCAUUUACCACCUCCUGUUGCAAGAAGCACAAAUUCUGGUAACAGGCCUGCUGCAAACGCUGAUGAAGAUGUUGUGUGCCAGUGCGACCAAACAGCUGUACUUUUAACAGUGCGAAAAGACGGCCCCAAUAAAGGUAAGCAAUUCUACAAAUGCGCACAAUCCGUGUGCAAUUUCUUCUUGUGGGAUCCGCACGACGCCGCAAACGCUGUUGCUCGACCUGUUGCUACAACUGAUACAGUGGACGUCCAGUGCCGUUGCAAUGAAAAAGCCCCCAUUAGGACAGUGAAUAAGGAGGGCCCCAAUAAGGGCAGGCAAUUUUAUUGUUGCCCCAAUAUGCAAAACAGUUGCAACUUUUUCCAGUGGAUUGAUGAGCCUGCAUCAGAGGAAAAUGAAAAUCUUAAUUGGAGCUUUAGAGGGAAAACUUCAAGGGGCCAGGGCAGGAAAACGCAAGGAACGAGGGGGAAAAGGAAAUGCAGCAAGUGUGGGCAAGAAGGUAAUAUGUCUGCAUUUUUCAAUAGAGCAUCGAGUUUUUAUAGUUUUUUUUUUAGGUCAUACAAAAAAUCGUUGUCCCAAUUAAGAAGGUGCCUUAAUUUAUUUAUUAAAGAGAAAUAUAUUUAUUUAUUUAUUUUUAUUGAUUUUUUUAUUGUGAAUUUUCUAUAUGUUUCCUACUCCUUUUCCAUAGCGCUACAACUUGUGUCCAAAAACAAGCUUGCGAUUUGCGAAUGCUGUAAAUAAUCCUGUGUUCGUGUCUAAACUAACAGUCAAUCACCUGAAGAAAAUAGAAAAACAGUGAAGAACUGAAGAAUUAAGAGUUGAAGAAAGCAAACGUGCAACAACGAAAAAACAACGAGCUCGCAAUAGUCGC